GUAUUACUAGAUUUCAUUCGGAAUGCCCAGCUGCUAAGCUUGCUGGUAUUCGUGUUUCCUUCUUCGUGCAUUUGACUCUACGAGUACUCCUUUCAUUCAUUUCGAUCUUGUCAUAAUGCGAUCUAUGCUUGGUGCUGGCCACGUUUUUAUUGUCUUUAGUAUUCCCUUCCUUUUUUCCUCGGUCACCAACUCUGUUCGAGUCGCUCUCAGGGUGGAAGAAAAUUCGGCUGGUAUUGCAACUGCCCCUGUACUUGCUAAAGGCGUAUUCUUGCGUGAUUCAAAUGAUCCUUCCUACAUAACCUAUCAUGUCGUGAAUGUCAGUAGUCAUUCCGGUCAAGUUAUUCAAAGCGAAACACCGUCUGACGACCAAAAGACUGGAUCGUUUGCGGUCCAUCUCGAUGAGCCAGGGUGUGUCUAUAAAACUUCAGGUAAUCUGUUCGAAUCUUGCGAUUGAACUUUGUGUCUAGGAAAUAUUUGCUUGAAGCUCAAGAUGGGACGAACAAAAUUAUAGCAACAAGCAACGAAGUCCUGGUGGUCGCCCUUAAUUCUGAUAGUGGGAGUGGUAGCG